AAACUCUUGAAAACAGAAUGUGGUAGCAUAUAUCGUAAUAAUUUGUCAUCGAUGACUCUAUGAUUAAUUGCUAUUUACAUACACAGUUACUGGCCGUACAACAAAUUGGCGCGAGCUAUAUAUGCCCCGACAACUUCUUAUGCGUGCUAAAUCUACACGUGGUCUACCAAUUUCGUAUGCUGCAGAACACGUUAGUGAAUCUAUGGUCGAACAUCGACGAGCGAACAGAUAUCGUCGAGUACUCGAACGAAUGCUACGUAAUGUUGAAAAAAUGCAUCCGAAAACAUCAAUCGUUGAUCGAAUUCAGCGCUAAACUCGACGACAUUUACACACUGCCGAUCCUCAGCCACAUGGUUAUCUUUAGCGUGCUGAUGUGUUUCGACACGUACGAGGUCAUUCUGGUACGUGUGAGCGAUUUAAAACGAAUUAACAAAAAUUUCUGGCGUCCGUAUUACGAUCCGCAAGAAAUACUAGUUGUAGCUGAUUGCAAACGAAUAUGCAACAUUUUCAUUAUUCUUAUGAUCUUUUGUACCCAAGGCACUUGUGCCGGUUACAUGGUAACACCGCUUAUAGCAAAUAUAGGAAGAAACGAAUCUGACAGAAUACUACCGUUCAACUUGUGGGUCGACUUUCCUGUAGGAACGUCCCCUUACUUUGAAAUACUAUUUACUAUACAGAUACUCUGUGUGUACCAUGUCGGUGUGUGUUACAUUUGUUUCGACAAUUUGUUAUGCAUCGUUAAUCUUCACGUGGCCAGCCAAUUUCGCAUAUUACAGCACAGGCUGAGAAGCAUAGAUAACGCGACGAAGAAUCAGAUAGAAGAAUACGAAUCGGAUGCAAGAUUAUCGUAUUAUUCAAAUAUGUGUUGCACAAAGUUGAGAAAUUGCGUACAACAGCAUCAAAUGCUUAUCGAAUAUUGCAAAAAGUUGGAAAAUAUCUUUACGUUGAUCGUGCUUGCCCAGGUGGACACACCUACCUCAAAGAAGGCCAGUUUGGUAUUGAAUUUGUGUGGCGUUCUGUGUCAACUGUUAAUGUUCACGUAUAGUUGCGAUGAUUUGAUGCGGCAAAGUGUCAAUGUCGGCAACGCUUCAUUCUCAGGACCAUGGCCAAUCCUUCCAAUGAACGAAGCUGGUGCCACUGUGCGAAAAAAUUUGCUAAUUAUCAUCAUGCGAUCGCACAAGGUUUGCUGUAUAACAGCUGGAAAAUUUUUUCCUGUUUCGCUGCAGACGUUUACCGGGGUUCUCAGUACGGCAAUGUCAUAUUUCACUCUGCUAAGGAAUACAUCUCUGGAUGCAACAAAUUCAUAACUUGUACAUUUGUCGUUAAUAGCAAAAAUAUAAAUUACAGGGCUCGUUCGAUUCGAAGGUGCCAAACGGCACCGUUGCUUGGUGUUUAAAUAAAAAGGGAUAAUACACUGUUCCCAAGAUUCUAUUUCUCCACGAGUCUUUGCACAUGUAAUUGAUCGUGAAAUGGCAAGACUGAUUUACACGUAGUGCUAUAUAUUGUAUCGGGUUUGUUAUUUUCUAAACGUAUCUUUACUACGAGUAAGUUUGAUACAUUUAAUAUUACUAUAACAUCGCAAUAAAUGUUUCUCGAAUACCAUGUCAUCCAUUUUAUGAUUACUCUUUAAACGUUAUUUUGAUUUUAAAUCAAAGCGUACUGUCUCUUUCUUCCUCGUAUGUAUUACGAAUUUUAUAAGUGAA